AUGUCAAUACAACAAAUGCCUUAUCCACCGCACAUCGAAAUAGACAGGAUUGAUACAAUGUUACGUAUACAAAUUGUUACAUUCGCAGUUAUGGCUUUUAUAAUUCCACUUUGCAUCGAAGUCAACUAUUCAACGAAAGAGAAGUUUAUAGGUGUAAAUGUUUUAAUGGCAAUGAACGGAGUCAAAGUAGUGUAUAACUUAUUUAGCUGUUUAAUUACAGGAAUAUUGUUUAGCACAAUUUACAUAGUACCAAUAGUUAUAAUAUUUAAGAAUACCUUUUCUCAUAAUGUCGAUGCCUAUUUGAAAUAUGGAAAUGGGUUUAUAUUUUGGCUCUUAAUCACUACACAUGUUACUCAUCUUAUAACAUUUGGCAUGCAUGUUGCAGCAUAUUUCUCAAAACCACAAUUCGUGUCAAGUGUUUUAACCAUUGUUUAUACGGCGAAAGUUUUAUUUUAUGACAAAACAACAAACAUGAUAAAACAAAAAGCUUUCGGCGUUAUACCAUAUUUUGGUAUAAUAUUUCCAAAUAUUAUGCUUUCUAGACUUUUUGAAGAAACAGAUGCUUAUGAAAGUAGAUCGAUUGGCAUUCAAUGGAGCAAUUUUUUUAUUUCUGGGCAAUCAAAAAAAUAUGGUACUGUAGGAAGUCCAGGUUUUAUAUUUCUCUUUUCAAUCUUGGGUACUGCGAUACAUUUUACACUUGCAGUAUAUAUAAAUGCUAUUCUUCCUGGAAAAUAUGGAGUCCGAAAAGAUCCAUUAUAUUUUUUGAAGUGUCUGAGGAAGAAUAAAGUAGCUCUUGAUGAAGAAGCUAUCGAAUUUGAUUACCAUAAGGCUAACGAAGACUUUGAACCGGUAUUAGGUGGUGCACUUACACCUGGAAUACAAAUACGUGAUCUUAAAAAGUCUUAUACAACGUGCUGGUUUCGAAAAUCU